AUGGUGGAGAAACUUGCUUUCUCAGCUAUUCUUAGCAAUAAGAAGCAAUACAAUCCUGAUUUUUACAAUUGGAACAGAGUGAAAGUUAGAUACUGCGACGGGUCAUCAUUCACAGGAGAUGUGCAAGCAGUGAACCCUGCUACUAAUCUUCACUUCAGAGGUGCUCGAGUUUGGCUAGCUGUUAUGCAGGAGCUGCUAGCUAAAGGCAUGAGAAACGCCGAGAAUGCUGUUUUGUCUGGCUGUUCUGCUGGCGGCUUAGCUUCGUUGAUGCAUUGUGACAGUUUCCGUGCUCUGUUACCGAUGGGUGCCAACGUAAAAUGUCUGUCAGAUGCUGGUUUUUUUCUCAAUACAAGAGAUGUCUCAGGAGCUCAAUACAUUAGAUCAUACUUCAAAGAUGUGGUUUCUCUACAUGGAUCAGCUAAGAACUUGCCGAGGUCAUGCACAUCAAGAUUGACUCCCGCAAUGUGUUUCUUCCCACAAUACGUGGCUCGCCAAAUUAGAACUCCUCUUUUCAUUCUUAAUGCCGCAUACGAUUCUUGGCAGAUAAAGAACAUUUUGGCUCCGCGUGCUGCUGAUCCUUACGGAAAAUGGCAAAGUUGUCAACUUGACAUCAAGAACUGCCAUCCAAGCCAGCUCAAAGUUAUGCAAGAUUUCAGAUUAGAGUUCUUGAGCGCGGUUAUAGGUUUAGGGAGAUCUUCGUCAAGAGGGAUGUUCAUAGAUUCUUGUUACACUCACUGCCAAACAGAGACACAAACUUCAUGGUUCUGGCAAGAUUCUCCAAUUCUAAACAAAACGACAAUAGCAAAAGCUGUUGGAGAUUGGGUUUAUGACAGAACAUUGUUUCAGAAGAUAGAUUGUCCUUACCCUUGUAACCCUACUUGCCACCACAGGGUUUUCACUCCUCAAGAUGCUCCUCCGAUUUAA